AUCCAAAAGCAAAUGGGGCUUGCCAUUGAGGUCUUAGAUAAAAAGAGUGGCUUCGGAUGGAAUGAUACGACCAAAAAAAUUGAAGCUGCUCCAAGUGUUUGGGAUACUAUAAUAAAGAUGAAGCCUGAUUUCAAUUUGAUUCGAGAUAAGGAACUUCAUUUUUUGGAGAAUGCUCGAGAAUUAUUCGAGAAAGAUCGAGCAAAUGGAGAUGGUGCCAUGAGUGCUAAGGAAAAUUUUACUAAGUACCACAAUGUUGAAUCAGAGUUGGGAAUUGAUGAUAUUGAUAGGAUGCUGGCCAACGACGAGAUUCACCUUGAUCCAUUAGUUCCAGAAGCUAGCCAAGUUCCAGGAGUAGCGGUGCCACCAAUUAAUGUUGAAGUAAAAGCGCGGCCCGGGAAAGAGUCUGCUAGAGGAAGCAAAAGAAAGAGAUCUAUGUCCAGUACCAUUGCUGAAGAGAUUAUGCAGGUAACAUCUUCGAUGAAAGAAAUUGCUAGUGCCAUAAAAAAUAGCAAUCAACGGAUAUAUGCUGCUACUGAGCUUUCAGCCGAGUUAAAAAAAUUGGGGUUAGACAAAUGGGAAGUUAUGGAGGCACUCGAUUUUUUGAAGGACAAUGAGCAUCUAGUUGAAAGAUUCUUUGCUUGUGACGAGGAGAUCAAGCUCGCUUGGCUCAAGAGAAAAAUGGGUUACAAUGAAGAUAUUUAGAAGAUGGAGCUUCAAACUAUUUGCUACUUUUUUCGAACUUUUUGUUUUGUCAUAUUGGUUUGAUAAUAACUUUAUCACUUGCAUUUUUUAGAAUAUGGAUUUUCAAUGUUUCACAUAGAUGUGAUUCUCCCAGUUUUGAUUUGGUUGUAUGGGGUUGAUCGAUCACUAUAACAUCAUAAUUGGAAUCAAGCAAUCAAUCAUCCAAGUUUUGAAGUUAUUAGGGAGAUGCAGAACUUAUUUAAAAUUUUGUUUGGCUCUUUAAAAUUGGAUUUUUGCAAUGGAAACUCCACACAUCCAUUCACGUAUUGCAAUAAAGGAACCAUGGAAUA